CGGCGGAGCAGCCCUGCGCGGGCCAUGUCUUCUCCGGCCGUGGCGAGGGCUUCCCCUGGCGGGAAUCGGGAGGCGGCUGGCGGACCGCGGAGCCGGAACGGGCCGUGGGAAGUGGGCGGCGGCGAGCGGCUGGAGCGCGCGGGCGCGGAGCCGGGGCGCUGGGAGCUGCUGCUCCGCCGCGGCGAGCUGCUGGCGCUGGGCGGCCACCUGAAGGGAGCGCUGGAGGCGUUCGCGGCCGCGCUGCGCCGCGGGGCUCCGGCCAGGCCCGAGCGCCUUGACUCCCUAGUGGACUGCCUAGUGUUCAGCUACCGGCUCCGUCACGGGCUGCGCUGGAGCGCGGCGCCCGCGGCGGGCGCGGCCGGGCUGCUCAGUUGCCUGGGUUGCCGGGGCUUCCUCAGCGAGCCGGUGACCGUGCCAUGCGGCCACAGCUACUGUCGCCGCUGCCUGCGGAGGGAGCUGCGCGCCCGCUGCCGCCUGUGCCGGGACCGCCUGCCGCCAGCCGCCGCCACUGCGGAGGGGACCCCGAAGCCUCCGCCCCUGGCCGCCGCCAUCGCCGACUUCCGAACUAGCGUCGUGCUCAACCACCUGGCGGAGAAGUGGUUCCCGGGCCAGCGCGAACGCGCGCGGGCAGCCGGCCGCCUUGGGGAGCUGCUACACCAAGGGCGCUACCGGGAGGCCCUGGCCGCCGCCUGUGACGCCCUGCGAGCAGAGCCUAGCGACCUGAUACUCAAAGUCUACAGAGCGGAGUCCUACGCCGGCCUGCAGGAGUUUAAAGCAGCCAUAGAGGAUCUGAAUGCAGUUCUCUUUCAGCUCCCUAACUGGCCCGAGGUCUACUUCAGGAAAGGGAAAGUCCUCCAGGAUGCCGGGUUCCUUGGCGACGCCUUACAGCUCUUCCUUCAGUGCUUAGCCCUUGAUGAAGACUUUGCCCCUGCAAAGCUACAAGUAGAAAAGAUUUUGUGUGACUUAUUGUCACCGGAAAACCUAAAGGAAGGCCUGAAAGAGCCUUCCUGGAGUUCGUUACCGUGUAAUAAAAACAAGCCUUUUGGCUUUCCUUCGGGAGUGGAGGAGCCCCAGUCUCCUGCGGAGCCUGGCCUGAGGCAGGCUGAAGAACAACCAGAGGAUGCCGCAGAGGCUGUCAGAGGAAGCUUGAACCGUGCUAGGUCGGCGCAAGCCAUCAAUGUAGCGGCCAUGCCUGCCAGAGAAGACGGUUUAAAGCGCGUGUCCUCUGAACCUUUACUGUCCGCUCAGGGAAAAGGUGUUCUGCUGAAAAGAAAGCUGUCUCUCUUAGAACAGGAUGUGAUUCUUAAUGAAGAUGGGCGGAGCAAGCUCAAAAAGCAAGGUGAAUCCCCCAGUGAAGACUCCGCGUCUUCGUUAGCUUAUGGUGACAUCCCGGAAGAAUUAAUAGAUGUCUCAGACUUCGAGUGUUCUCUCUGUAUGAGGUUGUUUUUUGAGCCAGUAACAACCCCAUGCGGACAUUCAUUCUGUAAGAACUGUCUGGAGCGCUGCUUAGAUCACGCGCCAUACUGUCCGCUCUGCAAAGAAAGCUUAAAAGAGUAUCUAGCCGAUAGGAGGUACUGCGUCACACAGCUGCUGGAAGAGCUAAUAGUCAAGUAUUUGCCAGAUGAGCUGUCUGAGAGGAAGAAAAUCUACGAUGAAGAAACUGCCGAGCUCUCACACUUGACCAAGAAUGUCCCGAUAUUUGUUUGCACUAUGGCCUACCCCACUGUGCCUUGUCCUCUCCAUGUAUUUGAGCCCAGAUACAGGCUCAUGAUUCGAAGAAGCAUGCAGACAGGAACCAAGCAGUUCGGGAUGUGUGUCAGCGAUACGCAAAACAGCUUUGCAGAUUAUGGCUGUAUGUUACAAAUUCGAAAUGUGCAUUUCUUACCGGAUGGAAGGUCGGUUGUUGACACCGUUGGAGGAAAGCGGUUCCGAGUUUUAAAAAGAGGGAUGAAAGAUGGCUACUGUACUGCAGACAUUGAAUAUCUGGAAGAUGUUAAGAUUGAGAACGGAGAUGAAAUACGGACUCUGAGGGAGCUUCAUGACCUGGUGUACUCACAGGCCUGUGGCUGGUUUCAGAAUUUAAGAGACAGAUUUCGAAGCCAAAUCCUUCAGCACUUCGGAUCAAUGCCUGAGAGGGAGGAAAACCUCCAGGCAACCCCUAAUGGACCUGCUUGGUGUUGGUGGCUGCUGGCUGUCCUGCCUGUAGACCCUCGGUAUCAGCUCUCCGUACUGUCAAUGAAGUCUUUGGAGGAACGGCUGACAAAGAUACAGCAUAUUCUGACUUAUUUUUCUAGAGACCAAUCUAAGUAACGAACUGCUUGGAUCUUACUUAGCUCACUCUUAGCCCAGAGGCUGAGAAGCGGUUGGAUCUUAAUUUAAAGUCACCCUGAUCCGGCUACGUUGACGGCCGGGUUGUCCGCUGCCUUUGCACACCCAGUGCUGGUUUAAGAAAUUAAGGAAACUUUUUUUUUUCCUUCAACCUCCUGAAUCUCGUGGAUCUGCAAAUGAAUACCUUCAACUAGGUCCAAGACCACUAAGAACUUGCACAGAAAACACGCACUGAAUGUGUGUCAAACCUCUACAUUGUGAUGAACUUGCACUAUGUACCGUACUCUAGAUGAACUUCGUACUCCGUGUAUGUAUGAUGUAUGUG